AUGCAUGGCGGAAGUCGUGAUUUGCCAGCGCUCGUCAAUUUUGAAAGCUUCAACCAAGAUUUAAAAAUCUCUUGGCACAACAACGGCCCAGAUAAUCAGGAAUUUUUCGCUGCUGAAGGCUGUUCAGUUUUAUACAAAGGCACAAAUUAUUUAUUCGGGGGUUGGUUUGAAAAUCAAGACGGAGAGAAAACUUACGGACCUCAUGUUCUCGAUGUUUGUGAGAUUCUAAAAGCCCCAGGCGCUUCUUUUCAAUUCGAUUGUUUCGAUGGAUCAGUCGGCUACUUGCCCAGUGAAGAAGAUCAAGAAGAUUAUAUUAUGCUUUAUGAUGGUUUUAAUAGCGUUCAAGGUUAUGACGGCUCAAAUAUCCUUGAGAUAGAUUUCGCACCACCAGUUGACUUUCAUCGUGAAAUCGGCGGACAAAUUCCUCUGUAUGAAAAUCACCCGAUUCUGAUCGCUGGAUACCGGACUGCUUCUGUCGAACGGUACAGUCCCUUCAAUGGCUGGGUGAAAGAUGACAACAUCGCAUUUCCGGAAAAGAAUCUUUAUUCCUACUCUGCUGUUUGGGGCGACUUUGGUGUUGUUGUUUUUCCCGGAAAUACUGAAACUGGUGAAAUUUGGCGACUAAGCGACGAUGAAUGGACCAGUAUUGGAACUCUUCCAUGGAAAUCAAUACUCAGGUUUUCAAGAGCUGUGUUGCUUUCGAAUUUUGAGGCGAUGGUUUUUGGUGGAAACGAAAAUCAAAAGUUCACAAAAUUCACUUUCAACGACCACUUUUCUUCUAUUGAGAGCGAGUAUCUGUCAAAUUUGCCCUCACUCAACUACUGGGGUGAUCCUUUUGCCAUUCUUGUACCUGAUAAUUACUGCUUGCUUUCAUUCAUAUAA